UCAACAAUCAACACUUCAAUAAAUUCACAAAACACUUCUAUUUUAUACACGUACUAAAUUAAAUUUACAUUCCCUUUGUGUAACACUGUUUUAUUUAUAUUAUUAUGAAAAUCACACUAAUUAGUUUUGUAAUGAAAGAAAAUUCACGCUGAAACUGUUAAAAAUACCGGGCAUAUGAUUAUAUUUCUUUAGAUAUAGAUACUAAACUUGGACAUUCAUUAUAUUUUUUACUUGAUCGAAAAUCUGAAAUCAAAAACAAAAACUUGUAGAUUAGUACAAGUAAUUGCAGAUUUACGGAUGGAGGCAAAAUUGAAAGAAUACCGUGCUCUCCGACGCCGCAAAGAAUUAAUAGAUAACGCUAAGGACAAAUUCGAAAGAUCUAAGGAGAAGCUAAUAAAUUUUUUAGUGCCCAAAAUAUUCGGAGAUAUGGAUAGAGAAAAGAAUGAGGAUGAAGUUCUUUUAAUGGAACAUGAAGAACUGCCAAAACCAGUAUUGCCACUCAUCCAACCUGACGAUUCCAGUAGUAACGAAGAGGCUACUUCAUCUACGGAAGUUAAUGAGCUAGAGUCAUCUGAGGAGGAAAACCAAGAGUCUUGGCGAUAUUUCAUCAUCAAAUGGUCCCUUUACAGUUUGACCUGGUUGACACUAUAUAUUUUUUUCCUACAAAUACAAUUUGGUGCAGUAUUCUUUGCCACGUCUGUGUUAAUUGGUAUAUAUUUUAAUACACGCACAAGGCCAAAACAAAAAGGAGAAAUGUCGGCAUACAGUGUAUUUAAUGAAAACUGUGUUAGUAUAGAUGGUGCAUUAAAUGCAGAACAAUUUGAGAAAGAAUUAAAGUAUGGCAUGAAUAUUUUCCGAUAAAUUGUUAACUAUGUAU